AUGUUCCGAUAUUUAUCGCUAAUAAAGUCUCAAGGAGGAAAUGGAGGUCCAGGUAUUUUGCGCAGAUCGUUUCAGACAGAAUCAAGAAGACCAAACCUCAAGAAGUUUUUAAAGAAGACAAAGCGAGAUACUGUGGACCAUACCUCACGAGACAGUAUAUUGCAAAAAGAAAUAGCGAUUGCAUUACAACAAGCCUCUACGGGACUAACACUUGAGGAUAUAAAAAUAUCGGAUGCAAACAUUAAAAAAUUUCUAUUUUCACGAGAUAGACCUAAACUUAUUUUAGAAGACGUCCCUAUCAUUUAUCAAACGCUGGAGGGUGAUGGUCUUGGAAUUGCGCAGACUGAUGAGGGAAAUACAAUGAUUCUCAAAAUUGCUAAAACUAUACCUGGGGACAGAGUUAAGGUAGAAAUAAAGAGGAAUUAUGAAUAUUAUGCCGAAGGACUUGCUUUAUCUUUAAACAAAAAAUCACAACUUCGGAAAGAUGACUUGAUCCUAUGUGAAAAAUUUGAUGUAUGUUCUGGUUGCCAGCUUCAGAUGUUACCUUACGAUGAACAGUUAAAUUUCAAGAGGAAUAUAAUAAAAAGAGCAUUCAAUAUGUACUACCCGGAACUCAAACUAGACGAGGAUAUAGUAGUGGUAGACUCUCCGUUUCAAUACAGCUAUAGGACAAAACUUACCCCACAUUCUAGCUAUCUAAAGCAUGACAGAUUAUUAAGAGUCGGGUUUAAUGGUAUCGACCAUCGUUCUAUUGUUGACAUAACUAAUUGCCCUAUUGCCUCUAGAUCUAUUAAUAAUAGACUUCCCUCACUUCGUCAAUCUAUACGAAAUAAAAUUAUUACAAAAUUGGAUAAUAACGAAAGAAUUCGAGAUGAAACGUACAUUUUGAGAGAAAGUAUUAGAGUAGACCAUAAGACAGGGGAGUUUGAUAACGUUUGCCUCACUGACUAUAAGAAUGUUGUUACAGAGAAGAUAGAAGACAACGUAUUUCAGUUUCCCGCUUCAGAGUUUUUCCAAAACAACAAUAGCAUUCUACCAGAAAUAUUGAACUACGUUAAGUACCAUUUGCAUAAUUCCGGGGCUGAAAACUUAGUUGACACCUAUUGUGGUUCAGGUUUCUUUGCGAUUUCUCUCUCAAAGGAAAUUUCAGGUAAAGUAUUCGGCAUUGAAAUAUCUAAUUCCUCCAUUAAGUAUGCUACCCAUAAUGCAAAGUUGAAUGGGAUUCAAGUUCCUGAUAAAAUCCAGUUCAUUCAGGGAAAGGCGGAUGAGAUGUUUCAUAACGCAGAAUUUCUUAAUUCUGGAAUAAAGGGCGAUAAUUCAGUAGUUAUAAUGGAUCCAUCAAGAAAAGGAUCAAAUGACAACUUUCUAAAGCAACUAUUGGAGUUUGAACCGGAAAUGAUAAUCUACAUUAGUUGCAAUGUAUUCACCCAAGCCAGAGAUUUAGCCAACUUUGCGAAGCUCCAAGACAGUAAUUCUUAUUAUUCGAAGUAUAGAGUCAAAGAUAUUACCGGAUUUGAUUUUUUCCCACAGACCAAACAUGUAGAAACUGUCUCAGUUUUGGAAAAGGUAUAG